CACAAGUUCCUUGUCUUUAUGACUUUGUCCUGUACAUAUAUGCCUUAUCAUUCAGUUAUCGUCAUUCCCCUUUCUUAUUGGCUUGCGUUCGUUUGGCUUUCAAAACAGUUCGGAACUUCAACUUGUUAAGUGCCAGUGACUUGCACUGUGAGAGGAGUGCUCACUGUUCAAGGUCCAGGCAGAUAACGAGAGGUGAGUGGCUGACGCAGAGCAGUGUUAUGUUACAAGAGGCUCAUAUCAGAUUACCAUCGAGAGCAGGUUGGGUGAAACGCUAGCACUAUCCCGAUCGCCGUCGAUCAAAUGACAACAACAACUGGAACAUAAAAACUGGACAACUCUGAAACAAGUAUUUAAAGUUACUCCCUUUACGGAAAGCGUUUCAUGUUUUUUUGUUGAGAGAAAAGCGUUGCCAUGGAUCUAAAGGUAGGGCAAUGUGUGCUCUUCCUGGUGUUGUCGUCCGGACUUGUUCAGGCUUCCUCGGCGUUCGUGUUUUGGUCGGCCUUGUUGGAAAUAAGCUACCUGGACAUCCAAACCAAUUUGACCAUAAAGCGUUACUGUGAGUGUGGUGUGUAUGGCCGCAACUCCCCCCUGGAGGGGGCUUCCGGACGUCUGAUGAUGCCUAUUCAAGACCCAACAGGCUGCGUUGGGCUCCCUAUCUACAGCCGCAACAACAGCAUACCCCCCUGGAUAGCCCUCGUCAAGAGGGGCAACUGCACUUUCAGCGAAAAGAUAAAAGGGGCCCAGGCAGAAGGGGCUGCUGCCAUUGUGGUGUACAACGUGGAGGGGACCAGGAACGAAACCAUGCACAUGUCCCACCCAGACGCCCCUGGGAUGGUGGCCAUCAUGAUCGGAAAUGGGAUAGGGCUGGAGAUCACCAAACUGGUCAAUAUGGGAAUCCCUAUAGAAAUGGUUAUUGACUUGGGUAAUCCUCACGGCCCCUGGAUGGACACCUACUGGCUCUACUUCCUGUCCAUCGCCUUCUUUAUCGUGACAGCGGCGUCCAUUGGCUAUUUUGUGUUUGUUUCUGCCCAUCGGCUCGUCAACCUGCGGAUGCAGAGGCGCUCCGAUGACAGGCUUAAGAAGGACGCCAAGAAGGCCAUCAAGCAGCUGGUGGUGCGCACGGUCAAAAGGGGCGACCCGGAGACGGGGUUGGACGCUCAGACGUGCGCUGUGUGCAUCGAAUCCUACAAGGCGGGGGACGUGAUCACUGUUCUGACGUGCGGUCACAUCUUCCACAAGGCGUGCAUCGAACCCUGGCUCCUGGAGAAAAGGACCUGCCCCAUGUGCAAGUGCGACAUCCUCAAGGCUCUUGGGGUCGAAAAUGUGGACGAAAAGAACGAGGUCAGCAACACCUACUCGUAUCCGCCACCAGAUGUCACUGUGAUCACGGUGUCCGGAGGGGAGCCCCUGUAUGAGGUGCCACUGACCGGCCCACAAACCCCCGAGCCACAGGAACAUCAGCACCGCUACGUCAACGACGCAUUUGAGGAAGACGCACAGGACAGGCGUGGAUGAGGUUGAGCAUGGCCACUUCUGUACUUAAAUGCAGGGUCACGUUUCUCUUGAAAGUGGACUAACUCAAUUUCUCUUGGAUUGAUUGGACAUGCCUGGUUCAUUAAAAUCAAUUUGAUUUUGUCUACAAACCCCUCAGGAAUC